AUGGAGAAGGAGGCAAGCCAACUCGAGAGGGACCACAUUCAUAACGUAUAUGAGAAAUUUGCUCCUUCCUUCAAUGAUGUGCACUACAAGACGUGGCCAAAGGUGCAGCAGUUCAUUUCAGAGCAGGAACCAGGCAGCCUGAUUGCUGAUAUUUGCUACGGAAAUGGCAAAUACCUUCACAUAAAUUGUCAAGUCUAUACUGGUUGCAACUGCUGUUUCCCAUUGGUGGAAUCAGCACGAAAUGAAGGCCAUGAAGUAAUGGUAUGCCAUAGCCUCUGUCUGCCUUAUCAAAGUGAGCGCUUUGAUGCUGUCCUGUCCAUUGCUGUGAUUCACCAUUUUUCAGCAGAAGAGAGGCGCAUGCGAGCAAUAAAAGAGAUGGCUCGCAUCUUGAGAGUAGGAGGCCAGAUAAUGAUAUAUGUGUGGGCAAUGGAGCAAAAAUGGAGCAGAUUUGAAAAGCAAGAUGUCUUUGUUCCUUGGAAUCCUUCACCUCCUUCCUGCUCCUCGGGUGAGCCUUGCUCACGUGGAGUACAAAAAUCAAUUCUUCACAAGGACAAAGAGAUGGCUUUGAACCAGCCCUGUCAUAAGUUGGAUGGGACUUCAGAGAGUGGACAGGAGACGGGUCCUGGUAGGGGCCGGCUGAGGUACCACCGUGUUUUUAAAGAAGAGGAGCCUGCUGAGCUGAUAGAGCAUCAUAUUCCUGAGCUACAUAUUACUCAUUCAUAUUUUGACCAUGCCAAUUGGUGCGUGAUCGCAGAAAAGACUGAAGUGUGGAAGAUCUAG